AUGCCUCUCGGGAUACACAAUCCGCUCCCUUCGUCUUUGAGCAGCGAAUGCAAGAAGGCAGGCAAGAUUCUUGCUUCCUUCAUAGAUCCAAAGCAAGCAUUUGGCCCUGAUAAAGUCAUUCCUCCGGAAAUUCUUGCCAAUGCAAAGGGUCUCGCAAUUCUUACGGUUCUGAAAGCCGGUUUCUUGGGUUCUGGUCGCUUUGGAUCGGGAGUUGUAAUCGCCCGUCUAGCAGAUGGCACCUGGUCUGCCCCAUCUGCUAUCGCGACCGCGGGUGCCGGGUUUGGUGGUCAGAUUGGAUUCGAGCUGACAGACUUUGUUUUCAUUCUGAACGAUGCGGCUGCGGUCAGAACAUUUUCGCAAGUCGGGACUUUGACUCUGGGUGGUAAUGUGUCGAUCGCCGCAGGACCCGUCGGGCGAAAUGCAGAAGCUGCGGGUGCCGCCAGCACCAGGGGUGUCGCAGGUAUUUUCUCAUACUCUAAGACGAAGGGUCUUUUCGCCGGUGUUAGCUUGGAAGGUAGCAUGUUGGUGGAACGCAAGGAUGCCAACGAGAAGCUCUACAGCAGCCGGGUUUCUGCGCGUCAGCUCUUGAGCGGAACGAUUCGACCGCCGCCUUCUGCAGCCCCUCUCAUGAGCAUCUUGAACUCGCGUGCGUUUGCCGGUAAUAAUCGCAUGUACGGCGAUGAAAUGUACAACGACAUUCCGGUUUACGACCAGUCCCAUGACGAUGUUGUCUGGGAGGGCCGCCGAGGCACUGCGUAUGGUGAAGGUACUCAACGAUCUCGGCCUAGGAUGGGCAUGCGGGACAGGGACAGUAUGGAUGACUACGAGUAUCGCGACCGACCUCGCCGUGCGAACACAUGGGCCGACGAGGGUUAUGACCGUCCUAUGGGAGCAGGUGGCCUAGAACGGAGUUACACCACUCGAUCCCCCGCAUAUGACUCCUACAGCCGCAGUCGCAGUAACACCGCACCAUUCGAGGAAGACUAUGUCUACUCAGACCGCAAACCCAGCCGGCCCACGGCGCCAAAGCCGGUCUUUGGGCAAAAGACCGGAGGCUCUUCGGCACUGCGACAGGACCAAGCAAUUGCCCUAUAUACCUUUGAUGCGGACCAAGAAGGCGAUUUGGGAUUCAGGAAGGGAGAUAUCAUCACGAUCUUGAAGCGGACGGAUAAAUCGGAGGAUUGGUGGACGGGGCGCAUUGGGGACCGGGUCGGCAUUUUCCCUAGCAACUACGUCGACGCAUCUUGA